GACGGUACAUUGUUUUUAUUUUGAUCAAUUCGAUCACAGUUAGUAGUGCAAAUUUUCUCAUUCUAAAUUAUCAAUCUAGUCCCGGUAUGAUGUCGAUGUCGUGGAAAUCUUAUUUAUUCGCAGUUUUCGCGCUUGCAUUGGUUUACCAGGUAAACGCAGCACCUCCUGACGAUGUGAAGCUCAUCAGUACAUCCGGUUCAACAAAUCGCACCACUAUUAGAACUCGAGAUUCAAAAGACAUCUAUGUCGAAUUCCAGCUCAAGUCAAAUCAGGGUAAUGAAUACAAGCUGAGGGAUGCGAGUAUUCAGCAAGGAAAAUGGUGGUUUGGUGAUAGAAGCAGCGAUAUUAGCGAAGAUGAUAUAAAUAGGAAAACAUUCGACUCUGACAUUAAGAUGGGAGCAGUUCAAAACCUGGGUAGUGAUUUAGGCGCUGUAGGCAGUUUUAAUGUCAAAAAUAAACAAGGGACUAUCGCAAUGCACGUAGAAUUCUCAAGGACGGCGGAUACUCAACCUAAUAUAUCUUUCAGUCAGACAACUACCUGCGCACCAAAACUCGGCCCUGAAUUCUACAUCUAUCAAAUCAUAUGCGACUAGUGGAAACUUUUGUACGGAUCAUGAUCAAUAUUUAAGCUGAUUUUAUUUCGUAAGCGCAUAAAAAAUUAAAAAAAAAUAAAUACAUGAAGUCGAUUUACCUUACCUAUACCUAUAGCGUAUUUUCUAAGUGUUUUACUUACGUAUCUACUCAAAAUUUUCUUCAUGAAAUGGAAUCGUUUCAUUAAUAAUUAAUUGAUCACUUCUCUUGCAUAGAUUUUUCAACCCGAUAAUAAAAUUUGUAAUAUACCUAAU